AUAUGACUUUGUGUUCAACCUGAAUGAAAAGUAGUUACUAUUAUGCCAUAAUUAAUCAUCAUAAUAUAUAAAUACUAAUCCUGUUAAGUGUAUUAGAUCAAUCUCUCAUUUCAAUUUCAACUCUCACUUUCUUCUCCUUCACGCCACUACUAACUAUGUCUUCCACCUCAGUCAACGACGCCAAACACGGUUUCUCCCGUCCUGAGAUGUACAAACAAAACCUUGCUGGAACAGUUGAAUCCUAUGAUCGCCAUGUCUUUCUCUGUUACAAGAAUCACAAAACAUGGCAUCCGCGUGUUGAAGCCUCUAAAGAUGAUCCUCUCCCUAAAUGCAUUGCUACUGCUUUUAAAGCUCGCAAAAAUGACAUAGUUGUUAAGACCAAGAUUACUGUUUGUGAGGCGCGUGAGGAGGAUGAUUUCUUCGAUGGCGAUGUCUUGAUUUUCCCUGACAUGAUCAAAUACAGGGGUUUGAAGGAAUCAGAUGUUGAUAGCUUUUUCGAAGAUGUUAUGGUGGGUUGUAAAUCAUGGGGUGGCGGAGUGCAGGAUGCGAUGACCGGUUCAUAUAUUUUUGUGUGUGCUCAUGGAAAGCGCGAUGUACGGUGUGGUGUUUGUGGGCCUAUUCUCAUUGACAAGCUCAAUGAAGAAAUUCAGCUCAAGGGAUUGAAGAACAAGAUAUUUGUUAUGGCAUGUUCUCAUAUUGGUGGCCAUAAGUAUGCUGGCAAUUUAAUCACAUUUAGUCCUAGACCAGAUGGAAAAAUUAUGGGUCACUGGUAUGGUUAUGUUACUCCUAAUGAUGUGCCUGCCUUGCUGGAUCAACACAUUGCCAAGGGAGAGAUCAUACACAAACUAUGGAGAGGCCAAAUGGGGCCACCUGUUGCUGAACUUAAGGGAGAAAAUGACCAGAAGAGGGCUAAGGGAGUAGAAAGUAGUAACAAUCUUAGCAACAAUGGUUAAGUAAGGGGGGAAUGGUUAAGUAAGGGCUGAGUGUCCUACGUUUUUAAAAAUUCAAAACGGGGGAAUGUCACCCACUUAUUCUAAUAAAGAUUCUGAAAGAGAAUGUGAUGACAAGAAAGCAAAACGGGUGAUGGCCUUUACAGGAAAGUAUGAAUCUGAUACAAAAUCUUGUGAUGAAGAGGUCUCCUACGAAGAACUUGUUGUGUCCUAUAGAGAACUCUGCCUCAAAAGUGAAGAAAUAUGCAGAGUUAUUGAGAAACAAUAGGUGACCAUCAAUCAAAUGAAGGCAGAAAGAUAUGAAAAUAUGUCAAAGAUGGAUGGGCUCCAGAAAAAAGGUAAAUCAUCUGACCUCUGAUCUUGUUGAAGCUAAGGAAGUCAUAGAAAAACUGAAUGCAGACAUUUGGCGUUUGAGAAAAUUUUCUGAUAUAUUGUAUAAAGAUGAUGAUCAUCUAGAUAAACUACAUAGAGUUGAUGGUCAACUAGAAGAAAUUCUAGAGAAAAAUGUUCUAAGGCCUAAACGUAUUGAGCUUAGCUAUGAAAAUGUCAACAAGUACAGAGGCUUAGCUAUAGAAAUCGAAGCUUUUUUUUGCCUUGAAAACAAACUUCGGUUUCUAAAGACCGAAAUUUACUUUGAAUUUGCACUAGAAAAAAUUCGGUUUCUACGAACCGAAUUUUUCUGCGAGGACAAAAUUGGAACGUUGGGGGUUUAAAAGAAUCACGGGUGGUCGGGAGAGAAAACAUCUUUUAAAUUUUUAUGCUUGCACUAAUAUUUGGCUAAAGGUAAAUAAUAAACAAAAAUUAAUUUUUAAAAAAUGGAUGGGAAUGUGUUAAAAAAACUGGUUGGAGAAAUAAAAAUGUAUUUAAUUUAUCUUUAAAAUACUGGACAAAUAUUUGUUAUUGAUAAAUAUAUAAAAAAAAUACACAAAUGGAGGAAAUGAAGCCUAAUUUCUUGGUUUUGUUUAAAUAUUGUUAAGUUAAUAUGGUCUUUAUUUACAAGCAAUAUUUUUCGAUGCUUAAAAAAAACAAUAUUUUUCAAGUUUUUUUUUUAUUUUAUUUGUAAGUUCUUCUCUAUCAUUAUUAUUAAAAAACAAAAGUUCUCUACCGUUGUGUUAUUAUUUUCCUAUAUGUGAAUAAUCCAUAUACAAUGAUUUUAUGUAGUAGUGUUGAUUUUUGUAUUUUUUUAAGAGUAUCAAAUUAUGAAUUGUAUUUAAAUAUACAUUAUUUAAUUCGUGUAAUAGAAUUUAUAUGAAUGAUCUUGUGAGUUUAGCUGAGUUAGCAGGACAUUGCAUUAUGUAUGUAGGGAUUGGAGUUCGAACUUCGGUCUUCCCACUUAUCCACCAUAAAGAUAGAAU